UCAGUUUGGGACCUUCACCUUCAUGCCUGGGUACCCAAGCAGUCAGUGUUCAACUCCAUGCCUAGUAAUGCCCAGUCCUGGCCCUAGGGGUAGGUGGGCUCAGCCCUCUCAAGUAUCAAGCCCAAAAUAUAACAGCAGUUGGUACCAAGACUCUCCUACCUGCUGCCUGCUGCAUCAUGAAGCUUGCUGCGCAGGAAUGCCUGCUAGGGAUCUUCAUCUUCUGCUCACUGACUGCCCCGUCGUUGGGCGGUAUUAAAGCAAUUCUUGAGAGCAUAUGUGGAGAACUCAAAGACCCCUGCAGAUUGGAUGUGCAACAUGGGAGCUGCUAUGAGAUGCAUUUUAGAUAUUUCUACAACAGAACUUCCAAAAGAUGUGAAUUUUUUGUGUACUCUGGCUGUGACGGCAACCUUAACAACUUCCAGCUUAAAAUAGAAUGUGACUUAGCCUGUGUUGAAGAAUACAAAAAAAAGUAA